GGCCAACGACCGCCUGCUCGAGUUUCUGGACUCAUCCCCCUGGCCCUUCUCCGUUAGCGACAUCGUCAGCAUCGUCGGCGUGUAUUCGGUGGAGGUGCACCCGGGGGACAGGCCCGGGACGUACGAGUUCGCCCCAGUGCUCGGCGGCGACUCGCCGCGGCUGUUGGCCGCCGGGCGGCCGUGGCACCGAGGGGAGGCCCCGUGGCUGCGGGCGGAGGCCGCGGCCCAGGAGAGCCUGGCCGCGGUGGUGAUGGCCGAUCCCGUCUCCGCCAUCGCACUGCUGCUCCCGGGCGAGUUCGACCUGCAGGUCACGUGGAGGGGCACCAAGGAUUACUGCGGGUUCCACUCAGGGAACUGGCCGGUCGUGCGGGCGGACCGGGCGAGCGCGGUCCGGGAGGUCUUCGAGGCGUACAGCGAGAAGGAGGCCGACCAGAAUCCGAAAAACUCGCACCGCGACUCCCUCAGAGCUCCAGCGGACUUCGAGAAGGCCUUCCGUGCCGCCCUGGCUCUCGAGGGGGCCGCGUUCGCGCAAGCCGACGUCGUCCUCUGCAGCGAGCCCGCCAUAGUCUGCGCCAUCGCCCACGCGGAAGGGAAGGCCAUCAUCGGCUACUUUGGGGUCCACGUCGCCUUCAUGAUCAAGGGAAGCGAGAACCAGCAAGAUCUCUACCGCCGCUUCUCGGAGCAGCUGGCCAAGGACCCCCGCACCACGCUCGCAACGGUGGCGCCGUACAUUUCGAUGCAGUCCCUCUAUCACAUGCCGGUCGAGAUUCCCGCCAUACGCCCGCUGUCGGCCUACACGCUGCCGGCGCGGUACACGGCCAGCAGGCCCGACGAGGUGCUCGUGAACAAACGGCCGAUGGCAUUCUGGGACGUCUCCUACGUGCUCAACCUCUGCGCCCGUGCUGCAGGCGACGCCGUGCACUUCAGAGACGCUGGCGAGCUCCACAAGCUGGGCAGGAUGUCCUUCGACGACUGGGGCGCCUUCAGGGCCGGCAUUUACUUUCCGUAUGAUUGGCUCCAGACCAUGGCUUUCUAUGAUUGGGUCAACAUGGGGAUACCGACGUUCGUGCCAGACACGCCGUUGUACACCUUCAGCAGAGGCACGAACGCGGUGGACGAGUGGCAGGCCACUCUCUGGCGCGUGCCCCAGUCGGCGUACCCCCACCACUACAGCGACUGGGACGAUAUCGCUGGUCGGGCCUACUGGUGGCUGCUCACGGACUUCUGCGCGCUGCCAGGGGUCCCAUAA